UAUGAUUUCAUGAAUGAAAGUUGCUUUUUUUUUUCAUCUUUUAGGCCUAAUAUAUUUAUACCGUUCUGUUCUCUGAAGACGUCGCGUCUGGUACAAUGCCACAGAGCGACCAGCUGACAACCACCCAAAGCCCCUCUGGAAAGUCCUUUUUACUGAUCAGCUGUGUUAAUAUGGGCCGAUUAUUCCGCAUAAGGACUAAACACUGUGAACAGCAAAGAUAUUACAUUCAAACAAGACUGUAAAGGAACGCCUAAAGAAGGCAAAAAUGAAUAAACCAAAGAUGCAGGUGGAAGGUACCAAAACAAAAGACCUGGUGUGGAAGUUGUUUCUGGUGAACAUUGUAUCGUGCAGUCUGGAGGUGUGCAUGGCUGCAGUGACCGUCUACAUCCCACCUCUGCUGCUGCAGACCGGCAUGGAGGAACGCUACAUGACCAUGGUGCUCGGGGUGGCUCCAGUCCUGGGUUUGAUCAGUAUACCCGUGAUCGGCUCAGCUAGCGAUUCGUGGGAGGGUCGCUUUGGUCGUCGCCGGCCGUUUAUCUGGAUGCUCAGUCUUGGAGUUUUACUGGGCCUGCAGGUGAUGCCUCGGGCCGGGCGCCUGGCGGUGCUAAUGUCCCCACAGCACCCUCACCGGCUGGAAGCUCUUCUGCAGGCCGGAGCUGUGUGUCUCAUAGAGUUCUGUGUGAACGCCUGUCUAACCGUGCUGUUGGCCCUGCUGUCGGACCUGUUCCCUGGGGAGGAGGAGAUCCGCAGAGCGUUCUCAGUAUAUUCCAUGAUGACGAGUCUGGGGGGAUGCCUGGGGUUCCUGCUCCCUGCCGUGGACUGGAGCCAAGCACCCGUAGCGACAUACCUGGGAGGCCAAGAGUCCUUCAUCUACACCCUGCUCACCUUCCUCUUCCUCAGCUGCCUUCUCCCCACCGUCUUCAUCCAGGAGGAGACGGGAACCAGAGGAGGAGAGAGGAAGACAGUCGCCCCUUUGAGAAGCUGGAGCAGCAGAUGCUGCUCUCGGCCUCAGUGUUCCAUCGUCACACUCGGUCGAUGUGUGUCAGCGUGUACGUCAGUGUUCCCUCGCUCCUACGCAGCGUGCACGCGUGUGCCGACGGUCAUAUGGCGACUGUUUGUGGCGGAGACGUGCAGCUGGAUGGCGCUGAUGAGCGUCGUGAUCUUCUUUGCUGACUUUAUGGGGGAGGGGUUGUACAAAGGAGUGCCGAGCGCAGAGCCGCAGUCACAGGGAAGAAAACAUUACGAUGAAGGUGUGCGUAUGGCCAGCCUGGGUCUCUUCCUGCAGUGCGUGGUAUCGCUGCUGUGCUCUGUGCUGAUGGACUCCUGGGUUGCUCUGCUGGGAGCCAGGGUGGUGUACAGCAGCAGUGCAGCUCUGCUGGUGUUUACCACCGCCUUCAUGAGCGUCUCAAACAGCGUGGUAACGGUCACCGUCAUGGCGGCCGUGACAGGAUACACACUCUCCGUCCUUCAGAUCGUGCCGUACACCCUGCUGUGUCUCUAUCACUCAGACAGUCAGGCUUUCUUCACAUCAUCCAAGCCCAGACAUCGACAGCUCAGCGGCAACACCGGGGAACCCCAAGUUUCAGUGUUUGCGGGUGGAGGCACCAAAGGCGAAGCAGUCUCACAGAGAGGGAUCUGUUUUGACAUGGCGAUAGUGGACAGCGCCUACCUUCUCUCACAGUUGGUGCCGGCAAUGUGCCUCGGCUCCAUAGUGCAGCUGGCUAACAGUUCGAGGGCUUACAUGGCCUCGGCCUGCUGCUUCAGCCUGCUGGCGCUUUUUUGCUCUACCAGGGUCGUCUACAGCCACGCUGAGCUCCAACGCUGACCGUCUCUCCAUCAAACACACCAGCAGAGGAUGGACAGUAACCUCUGAUGCUGAACUAGUUACAGUUACUGCGUUCUUCUUCUUCUCAGGAACAUGUUGUGACAUACAUAGAGCAAACCUUUUAAGAAUUGUGUUGUAUUGUCAUCGCAAGGUCAAGACACAUGCCAUGUGUCAAGUCAGCACAUUCUCAAGGCCAGUGAUGAGAUGUGGAUGAAUGAGCUGCUUUCAUCGCAGUCAAAACUAUUUAUUGUGGGUAAAAUGAAGCUAUGUUAUGUUAAUUGAGUUUCUAUGUUUUGGGUUUGUUUUGAUGUUGGGUUCAAGGAUGAUGUGAUUUGAUUUUGGUGGUCAAAGGUCAAGGUCACUGUGACCUCACAUCCGUCCCAUUCUCUCAGGAACGCCUUGAGUGAAUGUCUUCAAAUUUGGCACAAACAGACACUUAGACCCGGUAAGGGUCAAGGUCACCGUGACCUCACGUCCGUCCCAUUCUGGUGAAAUCUCAGGAACGCCUUGAGCUAAUUUCUUCAAAUUUGGCAGAAACUUCCUCUUGGAAUCAAGGAUGAACUCAUUAGAUUUUGGUAGUCAAAGGUCAAGGUCACUGUGACCUUACAUCCGUCUCAUUCUCAUGAAAGCAUUAUCUCAGGAACACUUUGAGCAAAUGUCUUCAAAUUUGGUACAAACUUCCACUUCGACUCAAGGUUGAACUGAUUAGGUCAAAGGUCACUCUGACCUCACGUCCGUCCCAUUCUAGUGACAUCUCAGGAACGCCUUCAGCGAAUUCCUUCAAAUUUUGCACCAACAUCCACUUCAACAAGGAUGAACUUAUUAUAUUUUGUUUGAUGAAGGUCAAAGGUCACCGUGACUUUACGACUGUCCCAUUCUCGUGAUAUUUUGGGAUCGCCUUGAUCAAAUUUCCUCGAAUUUGGCGUAAACAUCCAUUUCAUCAAGGUGAAGUGAUUAAAUUUUUUUGGUUAAAGGUCAAGGUCACCAUGACCUCACACUCGUCCCAUUCUCAUGAAAUCUUGGGAACGCCUUGAGCAAUUUUCCUCAAAUGGCACAAAUAUCCACUUAGACUCAAGGUUGAAGGGAUUAGAUUUAGGUAGUCAAAGGUCAAAGGUCAAAGGUCAUUGUGAAGGUCAUCGUCCCAAUCUUGUGAUAUCUCAGGAGCACUUUGAGCAAAUUUCUUCAAGUUUGAAGUGAUUCGAUUUUGUUGAUUAAACGUCAAAGGUCAAGAAUCCAUAUGCUAAUUAUGAUGUUUUGCACAAAAGUCCAACAUGAUGAAAUGAUGAAGUGACGACAUUUUGGACAGACAUGGAUGUAAACUGCAACUUCACUGGUUGGUGGAGCCAAACAGCCUCGAGGCGGUAAUUCUAGUUUUUUUUUUAUAAUCUUGUACGGGUAAUGAAAGGGAGCGACAUCCUGCUGUGUACUGUUGCUAAGAAACCACAGUGGAGUCUUGACACUCAUUGUGUGCUGCAUUAUGCUGCAGUCUUCUCGUCCAUAUGCUCUGUUUGGCUUCUGUGGAGGAUCAGUAAUAAUAACUGAAUGACACCGAUUACCCAAGAGAAAUCAACCUUUAUAGCAAAACAAAGCUUCCUUUACAGCACAAGAGUCCCACUUGUUUGGAGCUAUACUGGUUCUUCCUGAUCUCCACACCCUGUCCUACUAUUGUGCUGUACCACUUCUGGCAACAUGUUAACAUCUCAGGGACAAUAUUGACUUUACAAAGUUUACAGUUUGUCUGUCAGAUGUUCUUAACCUUCCUGUUGUCCUCGGGUCAAAUUUGACCCGUUUACAAACUUCAUCAUAUUACGAAUAUGGGUUUCUUUCAUCUGAUUAACAUGGAUGAAAGUAAUUCAUAAUUUCUGGGGGGUUUUCUAUGAUCAAAAAGGAGGUAUAAUUUCAUGUAAAUGAAGUUUAUUGACCAUAAAUUACAGAAAAAAGUGUAAAACUUGUGGUAAUGAGUUGGAAUGAAGUUUGCUGAAAAGGUGUCAUUAUGUGCUGCCAUUGAAAAUGUUUUAUAUUAUAAUAUUUAUAAUAUUCUGACUAAACUUUGACAUAUACCCAUCUGUGAUAAUCCAUCAAUAUUAUGUUCCACUGAUAGUCAAAAUAAUUAAAAAUUUCGGCUUUUUUUACUCAAACAUUAGGUGUAAUUUAAUGGAAAUAAUAUUUAUUAACCAUAAAUUCCCCCCAAAAAGUAUAAAUCAUGUGGUAAUGAGUUGGAACGAGGUUGGCUAAAAAGGUGUAACACAGAAUUAGGUGGUAAUUUAUAGUUUAUGGUUUAUAAACUGUCAAACCAGACCAAAAUUUGCACGGUCGACGGGAAGACAAUAGGAGGGUUAACUAGAAUAAGUCUACAGGACGCUCAAAUAGUGCUCUGAUGGUUCAUUUAAGGUGCUUGGCAAUGGUGCAACUGAAAGAUAUCCGCAAGCUAGCGUCGUCCUAAACUACACCGCAGAAGACGUUAUUCUGUUCAUUCAUGGUGUCUCCGCUGACUCACUCAGUUGGCAUAGAUUGUUUGAAAUGUGUAGAUUAGUUAUUAGAAUAAUAUUUUUGCACUUCAUUCAGAUAUAAGCUUGC